AUGGCUCAGAACAGUGAGGCAAACCUGUAUCUCACACAGAUUAAACAUCUGGAAGAAGCUUUAAAGAGCGCUGAGCUGAGACACGAGGAGCUACAGCAGGAGAACAAAAAGCUUUCCUGUCAGUACAACACGCUGAAAGAGGACAGGCAGGACAUCUCGGAGUACCUGCUUCACCGCAUCGCUCUCAAACAGAAGGAGGUGCAGGAGCUUCAGGGAGAGCUGGAGCGCCAAAAGCUGGAAAGACACAAAGAGGAGGAGGCUCUGAAGCUGCAGCUGAGCCAGAAGAGGCGGGAGCUUCAGGAGCAGGAGGAGAAGCUCCGGUCAAAAGAGGACAGGUUGGCACAGCAGAAGGAGCAGAUACGACACGUGAAGGAGCAGCAGUCCGCUGUGGAGGAGAAGCUGAAGAUUCAGGCAGAAGAACACAAAGCUGCGAUGGAGAGCCUCAUUUUGAAAUCACGCUGCGAGACCGAAAAGAAGCUUCAGGAAGCUCAGGACCUCACUGACAAGAACAUGUUGACCAGAGAGCAGAAGAGGUUUCAGGCCAGCCAGCUGCAGAAGAACAUCCAGUCUCUGAGUGAGGAGCUGUCAUACCUGACGAAGGAGAGAGACUCACUGACGGACAGACGGGACAAACUCCAGGGCAAGAUAGACAAGAAGAGGACGGCUCUGUCUGGAUUAACUGGAGAUGUGUCCCCACUUAACGAGUCCACAUGGGAUCUCAGUGGCAGUACAGAGACUGAAGAAGGCCACACAUCCAAGCCUCUUCCAGACCAAAUCAGAGUUAUAUGGGUCCUGAAGCUCCUCUACCUGGGGAAGGAGUCGAAGCUGUGGGCAAAGAAGUGUGACAAGCUGGAGGAAAAGCUGAAGAACAACAAGAUGCACCUGCAGAAAACACUGGAUGUGGAGAAAGCUUUGAGAGAACAGCAAACCUUGAAGUCCGAGCAGCUUCGUCAGGUAACGUACGAGUCGCAGCAGCUGGAUGUGGAGCUGCAAAGAGAGACGGACACGAUCGAACAGCUGGAGGCAAGCAUGAGGACGGCUGCCGCUGGUCUCCGGCUCGCCGUGAAGAGGACAACACUGCAGCUGCUGAGGCGGUCUGGACUGUCCGCGGUCCCUUACUCAGCUCUGUGUCGUCUGCACGACUCCCAGAAGCAGGAUGCCGAUACUAAGGGGCGGCUGCAGAGGGUGCUCCAGGUCCUGGAGGGGCCGCAUCCCGGUAGACCCGGGACCACACUGGACGACUCUGCAGAGGAGAGCAGCCAAGGACAGAAACCGCAGACCUCCAGCCCUGAAACUGCCAGUGCUGAGAGUCCAGACUUCUCCACAGAUCCAGUCUUCCUGAUGGCUCGUUACAGAACAGGCGACCUCGGGAUCGUACCAAGACCGGCGUGGUCUCCCAUCGCACACCGCCGGUCUGACCGCCGUAAUGCACGGAGCAAAAAGCCUCAAACUUCAGCAGACUUUGACGUCUGA